UGCACUGCUGUAGUCAUUAAACAGAGACGCGACGUAUGAAACUCUCUUCACAUUUACAACAAUAACAGGCUCCAGAGAAAGUCUUCCUCUAAAGAGACACUAAUGACUUUAAUUGUUCCAGGAAGUUAAAGAUGGCAUCUUUAUUGAUAAAUACUCUGAGGAGCGGUCCGGUGACAUCUGCACGGUCCCUCCAGUUCGCUUCACGGUCUCUCAGCAUAUCUGCCCAUCUGCAAGCUCAAGCAAAGAGCAAGAAGACUAUGGCCAAACCAGGAGUGAAGAACAUUGUUUUGGUUGAUGGUGUCCGAACCCCCUUCCUCCUGUCCGGCACAACAUAUGCUGAUCUGAUGCCGCACGAUCUGGCCAGAGCUGCAUUACAGGGUUUGCUGGUCAAAACUGGUAUCUCUAAAGACGCUGUUGAUUAUAUCGUCUAUGGAACGGUCAUUCAGGAAGUGAAGACCAGUAAUGUGGCCAGAGAAGCGGCACUCGGUGCUGGAUUCUCUGAUAAGAUUCCUGCUCACACGGUGACCAUGGCUUGUAUUUCCUCCAACCAGGCAAUGACUACAGCUGUUGGUUUGAUCGCUUCGGGUCAGUGUGAUGCCGUGGUUGCCGGUGGCGUUGAGUUUAUGUCCGACGUUCCAAUUCGCCACAGCCGCAAGAUGAGGAAGACGAUGCUGUCACUUAACAAGGCGAAGACCCUUGGCGCUCGACUCGCUCUCCUGGGCUCCAUCCGCCUCGCUCACCUCGCGCCUGAGCUGCCAGCUGUAGCUGAAUUCUCCACCGCAGAGACGAUGGGUCACUCUGCAGACCGUCUGGCCGCCGCCUUUGGUGUGACACGUGUGGAGCAGGAUGAGUUUGCACUGCGGUCUCACACUCUCGCCAAGAAAGCUCAAGAUAACGGGCUGCUCAGUGAUGUCAUCGAUUUUAAAGUGCCAGGGAAAGAUAUUGUGUCCAAAGAUAACGGGAUCCGUCCUUCCUCCAUGGAACAGAUGGGCAGACUGAAACCCGCCUUCAUCAAACCUCACGGCACUGUGACAGCUGCAAACUCUUCCUUCCUGACUGAUGGUGCAUCUGCAGUCUUGAUCAUGUCAGAAGAGAAAGCUCUUGCUUUGGGUUACAAGCCCAAAGCGUAUCUCAGAGAUUUUGUGUACGUGUCUCAAGACCCAAAAGACCAGUUGCUUCUCGGACCAACUUACGGCACACCAAAGGUCUUGGAGAAGAGCGGUCUAACCAUGAACGACAUCGAUGUAUUUGAAUUCCAUGAAGCUUUCGCUGGUCAGAUCAUGGCAAACCUGAAGGCAAUGGACUCAGACUGGUUCGCUCAAACGUACAUGGGCAAAAAAGCUAAGGUUGGUGCCCCUCCGAUGGAGAAGUUUAACACAUGGGGUGGUUCUCUCUCCAUUGGGCAUCCGUUUGGUGCCACAGGCUGUAGACUGGUGACCACCGUAGCCCACCGGCUGCAGAAGGAAGGGGGUCAGUACGGCCUGGUGGCAGCCUGUGCUGCUGGAGGGCAGGGUCAUGCUAUGGUGAUUGAAGCUUAUCCUCAGUAAUCUCUCUAUAGCUACAAGUAUGGUAUUCAAUAAUGAACUGCACACACAAAAAUAAAUCCUGUAAAUACUAAAGUGCCGUAAUGCCUUGACAAGAAUUGUCCCUCAAAUGUUAUCUGUGGAUUCUUGGUUUGAAAUCCUGUGACUUGGUUGUAAAUGUUCACAUAGCUUUAUUUGAGAAUGUGUUAAUGAUAAAAUCAGAGGAUACUCCGCAAGUUGGUCAUAUGAUAUUUUUGCAUUCAGAAUGUAGCACUUAAAACAGGCCAGUUGGAAGUCACCAAGCGUUCUAUAACUCAAAACUUACCUGUAAUCUAUCUCUCAAGUGAUAUGGUCAUGAUGUGGCUUAUAUAACCAAUACUGAUAUUAGCAGCCAUGGUCAGUUUAUGGUGUUUAGCUCUUGAGGACUGGAUUGUAAGAAAGUCUAAAUCAGCUUUAAAGACGAAGGUUUCGCACUUAAACACACGAGUGCCUCAAGAUUCAAGAAGGUGAAGCUGUGGGGAGUCUGUUGUCUCCUUUCCACAUUUUGCUAACAAUUUCUACAAAUAAACAUCAUUUAAAAAUUGUCA